AUGUAAAAUAUUUUAUUACCAUAUUCAAAAGAACUUUAAAGUAAAUUAACUACUAUAUAAAUAGGACUUGAAAAUAGAAUUGAAAGUAAAGUUUAGAAUGGAGGAUAUUCGAAUCCUCUUCAAGGUAAAGAAAUGAAUAACUUAAGAACAAAUGUAAAGAGCAAAAUUCAAUAUUAUUCGAUUGGAAUCCAUUCAUUUGAAUAAAAAAAAAUUAAGUUCUGAUUAUAAUGAAAAGUUAUAGAAAUUAAAUGAAAAACUAUCUAAUUCAAUGGAAGCAAGUUUACAAAAAAAGGAAGAACAAUUAAAUGCAUUACAAAAUAAAUUGAAAAAAAUUAAUUAACCAAAAAAACCUCGUUAAAUGUCAUUUUAAGAAGAGACUAAUGAUAAAAAAUCAGAAACACCUUUAAAAAAAGAAAUAUCCUAAAUUUAAUAAAAUAAAACCAUUUAGAAAUAGGAAAUUCGUGGAUAUCCAAUUCAAAAGAUUAAAUUAGCUGAACCCAAAAAAUUGAAUGAAGUAAGAUUAAUAAAUUAUUAAAGAAUGAAUUAUUUGAUUAGUUAAAUAAGAGUAUGGAUGCAGCAAAAUAAAGGAAAUCUCAAAGAAUGGAUAUUAUUAAAUAAAAGUUACAUGGUCAGGAUGAAAUUGUAAUGAGUGUUAUAGAUUUUAGGUUCAUUAACAUAUUGAAAAAUCAUAAAAAAAUAAAGAAGAAUUAGAAUAAGCAAGAUUAAAUUAGAUUUAUUAGAAAUUAUUACAUUUAACAUAAAAGGCUUAGGAAAAAUAAAUAAAGUAAUAAAGUAAAGAAAGAAGGAAAUCAAUGAAUUAAGAAUUGUCAAAUAGUGAAUCAUAAAAGAUAUAAAAGGAUUUUAAAUAAUAAGAAUCUAAAGCAGAAUCAAUUAGAACUGCUAAAUCUGUUAAUAAUGAUUAUAAAUUUAUCUAAGUUAGGCAGAGAUUAGAAAAAUUAAAUAAUGAAAGAGAAAUGUAAGCUUAAAGCAUUUUAGACAAGCAUUAGUUAUAUUCAACUAGAAUUCAAUAAAAUAAACAAUUAUUAGAUGAAUUAGCUAAUACGUGUUAAUAUUAUAAUUUUAAGAUCAAAGAAUAAUAUUUGUUAUGA